CAUUUCCAACUCACAAUGUCACAAACUGAAGAGUUGAAUGCUAAUGAUAUUGACAAGUACGCUUGUCAGCUUGGGUAUGCAGAAGAUCCCGAAACACCUUUGACAGCAGACACUUUUCCUAGCAAAUCAGGAGGAAAGCCUGCUUGGUUGAAUCCUGAACACAUUUUAGCAGCUGAAGAUGUGACGUGUGGUAACUGUGAGCAACCCAUGAAUCUUUUAUUACAGUUAUAUACGCCUGAGGAUCACCCAGCAGAUGCCUUCCACAGAACUGUUUAUGUCUUUUGCUGUAAGAAAGGUGGUUGUGUGAAGCAAGACUGGACAAAGAGUUUUAAAGUAUAUCGAUCUCAACUACCAUCUGAAAAUCCUUAUUAUCCUGUUCCUAAUGAAGACGACGACAACGACGAAGAAGAAGAGAACACACCUGUAGAAUUCACACCUAAAUCUUUCAAAGCUCCAAACCAAUGUGUUAUUUGUGGUCUUGGAGGCUCAAAAUUCUGUGGCAAGUGCGGUACUACAGCCUAUUGCUCUCGUGAACAUCAAAUGUCGGAUUGGAAUAUGUGUCGCCACAAAGAAUUCUGUAACAAGACGCUUUCUCAAGAAGAGCAAGCAAUCAUUGAUGAACUGCGCUCUGCUCGUAUGUUCAAAGAAAAAGAAAUCAUCAGUGAACCUGAAGGAAAAGAUCCUGAUCAAGAAGAAGAAGAGACCCAGGCUGCCUUUUUCAAAGAAAACAAUCCAGAAGAACAAAGCUCUGAUUCCAAAGCACUUGUACUUGCUGGUGAUGAAGCAGAAGAAGACACAGAAGUAGCCGUUGACGAUGCUUUCUUGCAGUUCCAACUCAAGGUCCAAUUAAAUCCUGACCAAGUUAUCCGAUAUGAUCGUGUAGAAUACGAUAUGCCUACACGCGAACCAUUGUGGGUGCAAGCUAAUUAUAAGCCAGCAUCUAUACCCAGCUGCGAUCGCUGCCAUGGCCCUCGUACUUUUGAAUUUCAAAUCUUGUCUACCUUGUUGAACUUUAUUGGUGUCAACCAUGUUGCUGUGGAUUCAUUGGAUUGGGGUUCCCUUUUUGUGUAUACUUGCAAGGAAAAUUGUGCACUUGGAAAUGGUGUUUAUGCUGAAGAAGUGCUCUGGAAGCAAGAUUUUUCACAAGAUGGUAUGCAAUUGGGACCUAAAGAGGCUGAAUUAUUACGUCGCAAAAGAGCUGCUGCUGCUAAGUAAAGGAAUUUUUUUUUACUGUCAGAAAGUAUUCAUCAUAGAUUUAAUAAAUGCAUUUUGGAUUGUAGAAUAAUUGCUCUGUCAUGUUGCAUAAAUUUGUUUAGCUAGCCUAGUGUUGGUUAUUGAAGAACUUGGAUACACGAUAUUCACUAGACAAGAAUACUAAAACGAAUGUGAACAUAAAUACAUAGAUAAAGGCAUUUAGAGGGCAAAUCCAUAGAAUUAGAAAUAUGCAUAU